AAUACUGCCAACGGACAAUGAAGAUAAGCGUAUGAAUUCAAACGUAAUUCUAUGAUAAUUAAGUACUUAAAUUAAAUAAAAAAGAUAAUAGUCAAUGAAGUUGUUCCUUUGUAUAAUGUAAUGAAUAAAUAAAUAAACAAAAUCAAAGAAAUUCUGAAGUGUGAACAAAGUGCAAUGAUUCCUAGCAAGAGUUUUCUAUUACCAAUAGCGUUAAUUAUAGGACUAUGUGGAAUUCUAAUAGAAGCGAGGAGCCGAAAUGAAAGCCGUUGUUAUCAGUUCACUUGGCUUGGGCCUCGUUGGCACAACGAGAGUGUAUUCAUGAACGCAACAUGUCGAGACGCCACACAGUUAGCUAGUGGAGUGCCUUGUCAACAACCACUCGUCGUAUCAGACGAUGGGACGUGGCCCGACGUCGAGUACAUAUGGACGCACUAUGCAGACCAAGCAACCUGUGUGUUAGCCGAUAAUGAUGUAUGUGCACAAUAUACGAUGUUUUUCAAUGGACGCGUGGAUAAUUCGACUUACUUCUGCACACGAGCUGUGGAUUCAAAUAAUACUGCUAUAACCAACGGCUGCUAUGAAGAGACACAUGGAAGUCGAUCGACAAGGGUCUGUUUCUGUCGAAGUGUGCCAGGCACAAUACCAUGUAAUUCUGCGGCACAACUUUCAUCGCUGAUUGUCACAUUCUUUAUCUUAUUUUUUGGUCUUGUUUUUAUUCGUAAUAAUCCUUUAUUGUGCCUUAGUAUUAUUUCAAUCAACAUGUAUUCUGUCUUAACAAGAGUAAAUGCGAUAUUGACGUACACUCUAAGUGUUCUAGCAUGUCUAACGUUUUUGUGUUUCCUCUCCACAUUAACUGUAGAUUACAGAACCACAGCUCAAAUGAAUACAGUGAAAGUUGUAGUAAAGAAUGUUCCUGACUAUGGUGCUUCCAGGGAAAGAAAUGAUCUUGGUUACUUAACAUUUGAUCUCAAGACAGAUUUGUCAAACCUAUUUAACUGGAAUGUGAAACAGUUAUUUUUGUACCUCACUGCUGAGUAUGUUACACCAAAUAAUGAAUUGAAUCAAGUUGUGCUAUGGGACAAAAUCAUCUUGAGAGGGGAGAAUGCCCUGCUAGAUUUUAAGAACAUGAACACAAAAUAUUAUUUCUGGGAUGAUGGCAAUGGUUUAAAAGGUCACAACAACGUCACAUUAAGUCUAUCGUGGAAUAUCAUCCCCAAUGCAGGCUUGCUUCCAAAUAUCCCAGCCAUUGGCCAACAUUCGUUCAAGUUUCCAGUAGAUUAUACUCAAACAAGGGUAUGAUUUACCCUAAAGACGCAUUUAAAACUGUGUAGGUGAACUUGUGAAUGUGUGUUAUUUGAUAAGACAGAAUAUACAAUUUAUUUAUA